AUGGUCGAGUACCAGCCUGGGAUUGCCCCCAUCAAGGCAGAGUUUAUUCGCCCUGCAUGGCCUGCGAGAAGCGAGUCGCUGGCAGGCGGAGAGGCGCCUGCUCCUGCGCCGCCGGCCGCUGACCCUACGCCUGAAGCGCUCGAUCGUGCUGACGAAGGCGAUCAGGACAAGCCCCGCAAACGCGCUCGCGGUCAAAAUAAGGGCCGAACCUUUGCACGUACAGAUGACCACAUGGCACUGUGUCCACAUAUGGCUGUCGGGAAUACGUGCAAAUUUGGUGAUACAUGCAAAUUCACGCAUGAUCUGUGCGCGUAUCUGGAGCACAAGGAGCGCGACAUACUCGUUCCGCCACCACCGCCGCAUGGCGAGAAUAUACUGAGCCUCUCACCCGCUGAACGCGAUGCGCACCUGAAUACACUCUAUGAACACGCAUUGGCCCUCGAACGAGGGGACACACAGCCCGCCGAUACCGACGACGCCGUGCAGCGGUCCAUUGUGACAGGCACACACUGCGCUUACUUCCACGAACGCGGCGCAUGUCCGAUGGGAUGGAAGUGCCGCUUCCUCGGUGCGCAUGUCCGUCGGAUCAGUGCAUCUGCCCGAGUGUGUGGUGCCGAUGCCCAAGGCACACUAGGCACGGGUCUCGAGCUCGUGCAGGAUGUGCCACGGCACAACGCAUGGCUCGCUCGUGCAGGCCGCCGAAACGAGUCGAAUCCGCACUCGGACCAAAUCAAUUGGCUGCCUGGAGAUGUCGCGCGCCAGCUUCGUUCGCGCAAGUACGUCUAUGAAAAAGCGCCUUUUAUCACGGCGGCCCUGCGUCGCGAAGCGGAUGCCAUGUCUCACAUGCCCGCAUCGGAGGUGGCACACACCGAUCUCGGCAAAGGUCCGCUGCGCAUAAACUAUGAUCGUGAGCGCCUACUGGCGGAUCCAACUGCCUCCCUCGAGGCCUGUGAAGAUGCCAUGCGGAAUGCCGAUGAUUCUGCGGCCGACACGGCGCGGAUCCGCCCCUGUGAAAAGCGCCGUCUCUCUUGGAAGGGCGAGCUGUACUUGGCGCCCCUCACCACCACGGGCAACUUGCCUUUUCGUCGGCUGUGUGCGUCGUUUGGAUCCGACAUUCACUGUGGCGAGAUGGGCAUGGCCGAAUCGUUCUUGCAGGGCCAGGCGUCAGAGUGGAGCUUGGUGCGUCGCUGGGAAGGCGAGCGUAUUUUUGGUACCCAGAUCUGUGGUGCCAAGCCCGAGUAUCUCGUGCCGGCGGCCGAAGUUUUGGCGCGCCAAGUUGGCCCAGGCCUCGACUUUGUGGAUGUCAACUGUGGAUGCCCGAUCGACCUCGUAUACAAUAAAGGUGCGGGCUCGGCUCUCUUGGACCAUGCCACGAAGCUGGGCCGCAUCGUGCGUGGCAUGUCCGAGGCACUAGGUGAGAUUCCUCUGACCAUCAAGUUGCGCACAGGCACAUCGUCCAAGCCCACAGCCCACAAGAUCUUCAGCCGCGCUCAGACCGAGUGGGGCGUCGGGGCCAUGACACUGCACGGGCGCUCCCGCAAACAGCGGUACAAGAACGAUGCUGACUGGUCGUACAUUCGCACGUGUGUCGACGCGCUGCAUGAUGCGGUGCGGACGUGGAACGAGGACACAAAGCAUGCCGACGAGCCGGAAAUGGUACCCGUGCCCGUCUACGGCAACGGCGAUGUGUACGGAUGGCGCGAUUACUACGACCACAUCGAGAAUGCGCGCGUGGACGGCACGAUGAUCGCUCGCGGCGCCCUGAUCCGACCGUGGAUCUUUACCGAGAUCAAGGAGCGUCGUGAUUGGGAUAUAAGCAGUCGCGAGCGUUUGGACAUGAUCCGGCAGUAUGCCUCGUAUGGCCUCACCCAUUGGGGUGCGGACACACAGGGCGUGAAUACGACGCGCCGCUUCCUAUGUGAGAUGCUGUCGUUCACGCACCGGUACGUGCCGAUCGGCCUGCUGGAGCACGUGCCUGUGCGCAUGAACGACCGGCCCCCACCGUAUCAUGGCCGCGACGCGCUCGAAUCCCUGCUCAGCAGCCCUAGUGCCAGCGACUGGGUGCGCAUCUCUGAAAUGUUUCUGGGUCCUGCUCCGCCGCACUGGCACUUUACGCCCAAGCACCGCUCGAAUGCCUACGAGGCGCAGGACCAACAAGGAUAG